AGCAAGAGGAAGCGGCGCUGCAAGAGGGGUUGUCCAAACUUGGGAAACAGUCAUGGACGAGUACACUAAAAUAGAGAAGAUCGGAGAGGGCACAUAUGGGGUCGUGUACAAGGGUCGUCACAAAGCAACCGGCCAGGUCGUCGCAAUGAAGAAAAUUAGAUUGGAAAAUGAAGAGGAAGGUGUCCCAAGUACAGCAAUCCGAGAAAUAUCACUACUUAAAGAGCUUCAGCACCCCAACAUAGUCUGCCUCCUAGAUGUCCUCAUGCAAGACUCAAGGUUGUAUCUUAUCUUUGAGUUUCUCUCCAUGGAUCUAAAGAAGUAUUUAGACUCGAUACCCAGCGGCCAGUAUAUCGAUACAAUGCUCGUUAAGAGUUACCUGUACCAGAUCCUACAAGGGAUUGUAUUCUGUCACUCCAGACGAGUUCUACACAGAGACCUGAAACCUCAAAACCUGCUCAUAGACAAUAAAGGAGUGAUAAAGUUGGCAGAUUUUGGCCUUGCCAGAGCUUUUGGAAUUCCGGUUCGGGUUUACACACACGAGGUCGUGACGUUAUGGUACAGAGCCCCGGAAGUGCUGUUGGGGUCAGUCCGAUAUUCCACGCCAGUUGACGUCUGGAGCGUAGGAACUAUUUUCGCCGAGAUCGCCACAAAGAAACCCCUCUUCCACGGUGACUCUGAAAUUGACCAGCUCUUCAGGAUAUUCAGGUCUUUGGGGACACCCAACAAUGAAGUGUGGCCAGAAGUAGAGUCUUUACAAGAUUACAAGAACACAUUCCCCAAAUGGAAAGGGGGAAGCCUGUCGUCGAACGUGAAAAAUAUUGAUGAGGAUGGGCUGGACCUGCUGUCUAAAAUGCUAGUCUAUGAUCCCGCCAAGAGGAUUUCCGCACGAAAAGCUAUGCUGCACCCCUACUUCGACGACUUGGAUAAGUCCAGCCUUCCUGCCAAUCAGAUCAGGAAUUAAAACGGCAAACGUUGUUUCUUUGGGGUUUCUGGAUGGGGGAUCUGAUGUAAAUCACUCAUUAUUUUUUAUUGUCUGUAUGUGAUAUAUAUAUGUAUGUGUGUGUGUGUCUCGUCUUCUGCUGCUGAUGUAGUGGCACCUCCAAGUACUUGUGUUAAAGCACCACACUCUAAUGUAAAUAUGGACCUGCCAAACAUGUGUAUAAAUGCAAUUCCACGCGGACAUUUCAUUUGCAAUAAAGCUUUAUUAUAUGUAGA